AGUCAGUAAGUGAUUGACAACGGGUCGAGGUAGUGGAGAGGAGUCAAGUGAUCAAAAAAUGGCAUCCGCGACGACGUCGCACAAUGAGGUUUCGCAGCAAUUUUUCGUUAAUAAACUUAUACGCGUUGGUUAUUAUGAAUUGGAGAAAACCAUUGGCAAGGGUAAUUUCGCUGUUGUCAAAAUGGCAACACAUGUCGUUACUAAAUCAAAGGUGGCCAUUAAGAUAAUAGAUAAGACGAAGCUCAGUGAGGAAAAUCUAGCUAAAAUAUUUCGAGAAGUCCACAUUAUGAAAAGGCUGAGACACCCUCAUAUCAUAAGAUUGUACCAGGUGAUGGAAACGGAGAAAAUGAUAUAUUUGGUAACGGAGUACGCACCAGGUGGUGAAAUAUUUGAUCAUCUUGUGAGAAACGGCAGAAUGUCUGAGCCGGAAGCUAGAAGAAUUUUCAAACAAAUUGUCCUAGCGGUUCAUUAUCUUCAUACACAUGGUGUAGUUCAUAGAGAUCUUAAGGCUGAGAAUCUAUUACUUGAUGCAGACAAUAACAUAAAACUUGCUGAUUUUGGAUUCAGUAAUGAGUAUACACCGGGUAUGCCUCUCAGUACUUGGUGCGGGUCCCCUCCUUAUGCGGCGCCUGAAAUAUUCGAAGGAAAACAUUAUGAUGGACCAAGUUCAGAUGUUUGGAGUUUAGGAGUAGUUUUAUAUGUACUGGUUUGUGGAGCAUUGCCGUUUGACGGCCCGACAAUGAAGUCAUUGAGAUCUGUCGUGAUAUCUGGAAAAUUUAGAAUACCAUUCUUCAUGUCAGCAGAGUGUGAAAAGUUGAUAAGGCAUAUGUUGGUGGUGGAGCCUGAGCGACGAUUAAGUAUAAGGCAAAUUCUCGCGCAUCCCUGGAUGGGCGGUGAUGGGGUCACGGAACCUGAACCUGGAGGGUGUAGUCCAGAGCCUACGCAUCCUCUUCCACUUAAUCAAGUAGUGAUAGAAAAUAUGUUGAGACUGCCAGGACUCAGCGCGGAUACGUUGCUGCAGUCUAUCCAAGGAAAUGCCUUUGAUCAUGUGUCUGCAAUUUAUCAUUUGCUGGCAGAUCGUCUUGAAUCAACGAUGUCGAGUUUACCGAGUAUACAAAAUCUCCCGGGCGAUUACAUGCCCGAUGGCGCUCACCAGUUGGAGAAAUUCGGGGAAUCCGAGUCGGAAACAGACUCAGAGAGAGCAGGACUUUGUUUGCCGUUGGGUACACAGGUGCCGUAUCACGCAACGAGAAGACACACUGUCGGACCCGGUGAUACAGCACACCAGCCGCCAUCGCCUUAUCCUUAUCCUUAUCAAAGUUACACGCCGGGUUAUCCGCCUCUCGGUCUUGUGCCUAUGAUGCAUUGCAAUGCCGACGGCCAGGUGCUGCCACAAACGAAUUUGCCCUUAAAUCUUCCCCUUGUACAGCAUCAACCUCCGCAAAAUUUCCAAAUCAAAGACCAGCAUCUGUUGAAACCACCGCCAGUCAUGGGAGCCAGCACUUUUGGAAGAAGAGCGUCAGAUGGUGGCGCAAAUCUCCACGUAUUUUAUCAACAACAACACGGAAGUGGUAACGCCGAAGAGGGCGGAUGGAGUCAUCCAGGCAGCAGAGAGCACUUGCAAUCUAGCGGUAGUCCUUCAUUGGGACAGUGCUCGCAAACGCUGAGUGUAAGCGGAAGUCCUGACAGCAAUGGCGGCAGUACUGGAAGCUCGUCAGGUGGCAGCGAUCGUCGAAGACGAAGUGGACUGACGGCAGUAAUGCAACGGCCAGUUAUAAACCCGGAACUGGUCAUGGAGGUGGAAGCUAGGAUGAAUAGGGCAUACGUACCAUCAAGAUUGCUGCCUUCGCACUUAAGGGAUUUACCUCCACGUCCCCUGCACCUGAGGAAAACCUCACUCUAUCCUGCUGCAGGAGUUGCAGGCGGCAGAGAUUCAUACAAAGAACCAAGCGCACAUGUCACCACCGAGAGGUACUCCCCGGUCAGGAGGGCGUCUGAGGGUUCGUGUCCACCAGGACCAGGGAUCCAGGCCUUGCAGCAGGAGUACCAGCAGCUCCAGAGACUCGCAUCGCCUUCUCACAGUCCCGCAAGCAUUCCCGGAUCACCCGUUCAUGAGCGAGGGGUCGCGGCAAUCACUCAGGGACUCAGUGGAUUAACAACUGCGACAGUACCAGGUAGUAUAGUUCACGGAACACCAACGCAAGCACCAACAGCGCCUUUGGAUCUGAGUCCAUUGAGACAUCACAGAUCUCCAGCAACAACACCAGUAAGUUAUUCACCAAGCAACAGUCCGGCACUGGAUAUGAUCCAAGAGGAACAUCCUGUUGAUAUAUCCAGAGUACCACCUCAAAUAUCAGUAACAGAUGUUUCGGGUGGACAAGUGACCUUAGUCGGCUGUCCGCUCUCUCCCUCACCAUCCCUCGACUCUCUCGAAGACAAUCUCUCGCACUAUAAUCUUUUACCGAGUUUCAUAAUAUCCGAGCCUUGUGAUCCAUCGCGGCCCAGUAUCACACGGGGAAUCGGUCGGCCUCUAAGUUCACCUAUACCUUCUGAAGUUGAAGUCACUCUGUCAAAUGAAUCAAGUCGACUUAACUCCGAGGCUAUUCUCGGCAGAGUUAAACAAAUAAUUGACGCCCGUGCUCCACCAAAGGGUUUUAUAUUUUCGCGCGAAGAAGUUGAGGGCAGUGGUCUGAGCCUCGAAUAUCCCGGCGGAGUACAAAUUGAACUCCGGGUUUGUGAAUUUGAGGAGCAUGAAAAAAAAGGGAUAAAAAUGAGGAGAAUUAGUGGCGAUCAGCUACAGUACAGUCAACUUUAUGAGCAAUUAAUUUCCUGUAUCACCGUUUGACAAGAGAUAAUUAAGGUAAUUAAAAUAAAUGUCAUCAAUAUAAUUGUCAUUAUGUACAAUUACUUCAAUUAUUAUUAUCAUAAUAAUGAUAAUCAUUAUUAUUAUUAUUAUUACAAUUAUUAUAAAUACGUUAGAUUAUUAUAACAACAUUCCAGGUGCCUAAAAAACACCUUUACAACUACAGUAUUGCAUUACAUGCAUGCUGCAUAUAUAUAUGUAUACAUAAAUAUAUGUAUAUACAUGUAGUACGUUAGACAUUAAAUUGUUUCGCGUCUAUCAUAUUAAUAUGUGCAACAUUAAGCGUAUUUAUCAUUUUUUUCUUUCGUUUUAAUUAUAUAUUUUAUUACAAUUAUUAUUUUUAUUAUUAUUAUUAUUAUUAUUUUUAGCUCUUCUUUUUAAUGUCGAUCGUACAGAAGACUUAAAUAAUAUAAUGAUAAUUAUUAUUUAAACAAAUAUAUAACAUUUAUUGCGUGAAUCAAAUGACGUGCCAUGUUUAUAUUGAAUCGGCUAAAUUUUAAUUCGAAUAAUUCCCAUGUAAACCAAAGUCACCGAGUUAUAAUUAGGAAACUAACUAAUUAACUAACGAAGUAAAAAAAAUUAAAAAACUUUAAAUAAUGAACCUGAAAUAGCAGACAUUAAAAAUUUUUAUUUAUUUUCAGUAAACGAAAUAAAUAUUGACAGGCAGAAUUUUCAAAAAAUUUAUCGGGUAUAUUUUUUAAAAAUUUUAGGAUGACAAUUGACAUUGUAAUUAAAAACACAAAUUUUAAGUCGUCGGCUAUUUUCGGCAGCAUUAAAAAAUAAAGAAACGUUAAAUUAAAUAUGAUCUGGAAGUUGACAGACAAUAAAAAAUUUUUUGAUUUUUUUUUCAACGAAUCAAUUGCAAAAAAAUAAAAAUUAAAAAUAUGCACAUGUAGGAAAUUUAAAAAACUACGCAAUUUUUUAAAUUAUUUUUUUUUUUAAUUUAUCGUUUUAAAAAAAGACAAAAAUUAUUAGACGUCGGCUGACCAGUAUCACAAAUUAAAUUUGAAUUGUAAAAAAAAAAAUUCAAUUGAACAAUGGACUAAAAGAUACUCCCUCGAUCAACGUAAUAUCUAUUUAAAAUAAUUAAUUACUUUGAUCUUACCGAAGUACGUGUAGUUAAAUUAAUAAUAAUAAUUAGUGUGUUUUAUGUAAUUUAAUUGUUAUUACCAAUGUGUAAAUAGUUUAUUUUAGAUGUACAUAUGUCGUAACUCAAAAGAAAUAAUACUUUUACUCGAAAAAGUUUACAAUACUUAUCAUUUUUAAUUAUUAUAAAUAUAUUUUAGUUUAAUAGAUAGACUCAUGUUUACUAUUUUUAUUUUUUAUUCACGAUUUAAAUGUAAAGAAAAUUUAUUACAUUCCAAAAUAAUUUCUAUUAGAAAAAAAAAUAUAUAUAUAUGAAUAAAUAAAUUUUUUAUUAAAUUACCAAGUGAAGGCAUUAGUUGAUUGCUUUCGAUUUUUUUUUAAAUAAACAAAUAAAUUUUUUUUUAUUUAUAAAUUAAUUAAUUAACACAAUUAAUUAGUAAUGCAGAAAAAUAUCAGUAAUUGUAAUUUUAAUACUUAACAUUUUUUUUUUAAUGUCAAAAAAAAAAUGUUCACAAUUUCUGCAUCAAUUUUAUCGAGGUAAAAUAAAAUGAUUUUUGAAAAACGAUUUUAUUUUAAAAUCAAAUUAUGUCAGUCUAUUUAUUAAAUAAUUAUGCAAUAAUUAAUCCAAAAAAUAUUUUUAUUAUAAAUAAAAAUUAUUAUAAUUAUUAUUUUAAAUGCUUUUACCCUAAAUUUUAGGAUAAUUAAAAUUUGACACAAAAAAAAAUAAAUUAAAAAAAACAAACAAAUAAAUCAAUCAAUAAAACGGUGUGUAAAAAUAUAUAUCACGAUUAGUAUUUUUUGAUUGUUUCUAUACACGCAAUUAUUAUCAGAGUAAAAGAAUUAAAAAAAUAAAAAAUAUGUAAAUUAAUGUCUAUAUGAUGAGAAUGAGCCAAUGAAAUUUUUAUUAGCUUUUAAUUAGAUUUAUAAAUAAAUAAAUAAAUAAAAAAAAAGAUUAUUAUAAAUAAUACGUCGUGAUUAAUUGAAGAUGUUAUUCUAUAGCACACCUCGUGUUACUGACAUUUUAUUAUAUUGUUAUAAUUAACACGAGCGUAAUAAUUAUUUACGCACAAGUAAGUGCAUAUCGUGUGCGGGCGUUUGCUCCCAAUUUAAUAUAAUUAUUAUUAUUAUUAUUAUUAUUAUUAUUACUAUUAUUAUUGAUAUAAUUAUCGAAUAAAAGUUAAUUAAUAAUUGUACAUAAUUAUAAAAAAAAACCACAAAAGAAAAAAAAACAAAAUGGAGUGAAUAAAGUUUUUGAUUUUUUAAAAAUAUGUAUGUAUGUAAGGAGUGUGUACACGCAUGUUAUACAUUAUUUUGUAUGUUGUGUAAAUAGACACACUUAUCAGGUAUCACACGCAGAGACGAGCUAUGUAUGUAUAUUAAUAACAAAAACAAAAAAAAUUAUAUGGAUAGAGAACAGAUAGUAUUUUCUGCUGUCAAUUUCUUCAACUAAGACUGUGAUUUUGAAUUCAAGUAAUUCUUAGACCUUGUAAUUAAUACAUAUUAAAUAUGAGAAAAAAAAAAUAAUAAUAAAUCUAGCAACAAAAAAUAUAUGUUAUUAUUCAUUGAUAAUUAUAAAAUAUUUUUUAAUAAAUAUAUUAUCCCUUAUCUAUAUACUAGUUUAUUACCAAAAAUAUUUAAUACAUUCGGACUUUAUUUAGAGUACACUUAGUAAUUAUUAUUUAAUAAUAAUCUUAUAAGAGAGUACAGUGAUUGUUAACUUUAGUUUUGGUGUUACUGUAAUUGACUUAAAUAUUUCCACAGUUUGGUCUGCAUCAGCUCGUCAGCUAUUUGAUGUGUAAAAAAAAUCUGUUUGUCUGCAAGUUCAGAUAGCGAAGGCUGACCGGUUAAAGUAACAUAAAGUUUUAUUGUACUGAAGUGCUUGGAAUUAAAAUUUUAAGUAUUUAUUUUAUGCGUCGUAAGUGGAUGCGGAGACAUUGCCACCACGGCCGGUCCAGUUUGUGUGGACGAAAACUCCCUCUUGGCCAAUUAAUUCGUAAGUGUGGGCCCCAAAGUAGUCCCUCAGAGCCUGGAGCAAAUUAGCGGGCAAUUUCUUAGCUCUGUAUGAGUCAUAGAAUGCGAUGGCAUUCGAAAGUGCGGGCAUUGGAAUCCCAAUCAUAACAAUUGCUGAUACUAUUUUUCUCAAGCU